ACAACAACAACCCACGUGGGCCACCGCAGCAGCCCCGGCCCCCGAUAAUGUGUCGCAAAGUCCCCAGAGUCCACGAGUAACCCCCAAGAAUGUCCCAAAGCAAGAUUUUCUCCCGGAACCGUGCCCUCGGCUACGUGAGCGACCACACGCCACUGCUAACACGCUACAUCCACCGUCGCAAGGAGACCCUCAUAGUGACAUCCGUGGGUCGAGCCUUCCACACGUACGGCAGUGCCCACUUCACCCUGCUGAGUGUCUCCGGAGCGCACCCCGACGCCAUAACAUGCCUCUCCGGGGACGCCUACCACGUCUACACCUCGAGCGAGACGACGAUCUACGCCUGGAGGCGAGGGAACGAGUUGAAGCACACGUACAGAGGCCACAGCCACCCGGUGCACGUGCUCCUCCCCUUCGGGCCCCACCUCAUCUCCAUCGACGAGGAGAGCACCCUCAAGCUCUUCUCCAUAAAAACCGAGGAGGAGGUUCUCACCCUGAACUUCAGCAACAGCGUCUUCAAGAUCACGAAAGUGGUUCACCCCAGCACGUACGUCAACAAGAUCCUCCUGGGGAGUGAUCAGGGCCACCUGCAGCUGUGGAACCUCAAGACCGUGAGGAUGAUCUACACGUUCGACGGCUGGGGCUCCCCAGUGACGGCCCUGGAGCAGGCGCCAGCCCUCGACGUGGUGGCAAUUGGCCUGGCGAAUGGCAGAAUUAAAAUGCACAACAUCAAGGUUGAUGUCACGAUAUUCGAGGUUGUCCAGGACUGGGGAAUGGUGACGUCGAUAUCCUUCAGGAGCGACGGGAACCCGGUGAUGGCGACGGGCUCCCCUCAGGGCCACGUCGUCCUCUGGAACCUCGAGGAGAGGAAGGUGGAGAGCCAGGUGAUGAACGCGCAUUACGCAGCUGUCGCGGGGCUCCAGUGUCUCUCCAACGAGCCCCUGAUGGUGACCAACUCCGCGGAUAAUUCGCUGAAGCUCUGGAUUUUUGAUCUGGCGGAUGGCGCCGCCAGGCUCCUGAGGGUCAGGGAGGGACACUCAGAGCCCCCGACUUUCGUGAGGUUCUAUGGACUCGAUGGGCACAACAUCCUCGCGGCUGGGGGGGACUCCUCACUCAGGAUCUUCUCGACGGUCACUGAGACGUUUAACAAGAGCCUCGGGAGGGCCUCGUUCCACAGGAAGGCGUCCAAGAAGAAGGGCAGGGGCGUGGAGGAUAAUCUGGUCAUGCCUGCUAUCACUGAACUCGCGGUGGAGAAGACUAGGGAGAAGGAGUGGGACAACAUCGCUGCUGCUCAUCUGGGGCUCGGCGUCGUCACCACUUGGUCGUAUGAUAAGUUGAGGAUGGGGGAGCACAAGAUACUGCCGAAGAGAUUCAAAAAGGAUUAUAAAGCUAAUGCCACGAGUUUGUUCCUGACCCACUGUGGGAACUUCGUGGUGGUUGGCUACAACACAGGGCACGUGGACAGGUUCAAUAUUCAGAGUGGAAUUCAUAGAAUGACGUACGGAGGAGAAGAAGGGGCACACGAGGGCCCAGUGAAGGGGGUGAUGGUGGAUCCUCUGAACCAGGAAGUAGUGACUGCUGGGAGAGAUGGGAAGAUCAAGUUCUGGGGGUUCCAGUCUGGAAAGGGAACUGGACCAAAAACAGUGAUAACACUGAGUGAACCUGUGAAAUGGCUCAGGACACAUCGAGAGAGCUCCCUGAUAGCCCUGGCUCUCGACGACUUCAGUGUGAUACUGAUUGACUUCGAUACUAGACGAGUUGUCAGGCACUUUAGGGGUCACACUGGGCAUCUGACCGAUGCCACCUUCAGCCCGGAUUCCAGAUGGCUCGUCACAGCUUCCAUGGAUUCUACCAUCAGAACUUGGGAUGUUCCUUCUGCCAAACUCGUUGAUGUUUUUCAGGUCCCAGAGGCCUGCACAUCCCUAGAUUUCUCAGCAACAGGUGAUUACCUCGUCACCUCCCACAUCAGCAACCUCGGAGUCUACCUCUGGUCCAACAAAACGCUCUUCACUCACGUAUCCCUGAAAGCAAUAACUCCAAACACUCCGAUUCCCGUGAUAACUCUCCCAGGCUCGUCUUCAGAGCAGAACGACAACAUCGAGUCGAUUGAGGUCGACUCAGCAGAGCAGGAAGACGACGAAUACGCGUCCCCCGAGCAGCUGAAUUCCAAUCUCAUUACAAUGUCGUCACUCGCGAACUCCAAAUGGCAGAAUUUGUUGAACAUCGAUAUCGUGAAGAAGAGGAAUAAGCCCAAGGAGCCCCCCAAGGUCCCAGAGGCAGCUCCCUUCUUCCUCCCGACGAUUCCAUCACUAGAUAUUCAAUUCGAUUUAUCGGAGACCCCGAAGGAGAACGAAAACAGCAAAUUGUUGAUUCCCUCUGACUUCAGCAAUCUCACAGCAUUCGGGAGGCUAUUGAAGAAUACAGUUGAGAGUGACGACUUCUCUGAAGUCAUUUCGAGGAUCAAAAAACUCGGGCCCAGUUCGAUAGACUUUGAAAUCCAGUCGUUCUCGCUGGAUCCUUCUUGCUCGACGCUGAUCAUGCUGCAGUUUAUGAAGAUGAUCAAGUGGAUGAUGGAGAGCAGGAGGGAUUUUGAACUGUCUCAGGCGUAUUUGGGGGUUUUUCUGAAGGUUCAUGGCACGAAGAUCCAGCAGGAGAAGGAGUUGUGGAGGUAUUUGGGUGAACUGCAGGGUAUUCAGUUGAAAUCCUGGAUUACACUCAGGGAAAAAUUGUAUUAUAAUCUGAGUGUUGUGCAGUAUAUUAAGAAAAUGUAAAAUACCAUUCGAUAAAUAAAUUUUUGAAUUUAAUUCAUGAUCAAUCAUUUAUUCGCUUAACAACUUAUGGAGAACUCGAAGAAACUAUCAGAUGGAUGAAAAUAAAUUAAUGAAAUGGAUGUUAAGAGAAUGUAAAAUACAAUUUGAUAAAUAAAUUUUUGAAUUCAAUUAAUGAUCAAUUAUUUAUUCACUCAACAUCUUAUGGAGAACUCGAAGAAACUAUCAGAUGGAUGAAAAUAAAUUAAUGAAAUGGAUGUUAAGAGAAUGUAAAAUACAAUUUGAUAAAUAAAUUUUUGAAUUUAAUUAAUGAUCAAUUAUUUAUUCACUCAACAUCUUAUGGAGAACUCGAAGAAACUAUCAGAUGGAUGAAAAUAAAUUAAUGAAAUGGAUGUUAAGAGAAUGUAAAAUACAAUUUGAUAAAUAAAUUUUUGAAUUUAAUUAAUGAUCAAUUAUUUAUUCACUCAACAUCUUAUGGAGAACUCGAAGAAACUAUCAGAUGGAUGAAAAUAAAUUAAUGAAAUGGAUGUUAAGAGAAUGUAAAAUACAAUUUGAUAAAUAAAUUUUUGAAUUUAAUUAAUGAUCAAUUAUUUAUUCACUCAACAUCUUAUGGAGAACUCGAAGAAACUAUCAGAUGGAUGAAAAUAAAUUAAUGAAAUGGAUGUUAAGAGAAUGUAAAAUACAAUUUGAUAAAUAAAUUUUUGAAUUUAAUUAAUGAUCAAUUAUUUAUUCACUCAACAUCUUAUGGAGAACUCGAAGAAACUAUCAGAUGGAUGAAAAUAAAUUAAUGAAAUGGAUGUUAAGAGAAUGUAAAAUACAAUUUGAUAAAUAAAUUUUUGAAUUUAAUUAAUGAUCAAUUAUUUAUUCACUCAACAUCUUAUGGAGAACUCGAAGAAACUAUCAGAUGGAUGAAAAUAAAUUAAUGAAAUGGAUGUAAAGAGAAUGUAAAAUACAAUUUGAUAAAUAAAUUUUUGAAUUUAAUUAAUGAUGAAUUAUUUAUUCACUCAACAUCUUAUGGAGAAUUCGAAGAAACUAUCAGGUGGAUGAAAAUAAAUGAAUGAAAUGGAUGUUAACAGAAUGUAAAAUACAAUUUGAUGAAUAAAUUUUUGAAUUUAA